AUGUCGUCUACAGAAAAACAAUAUAUUACUUGUUAUAAUAGCUUCAGAGUACUUCAACUCCCAUACGAAUGUUCGGGAACACCUGGAAAUGAUUGUGGUCCAAGUUUUUCUAUGUAUAUAAUUUUACCUGAGCAACGAGAUGGGCUUGGCGAACUUAUAGAAAAGGUGAGUUCUGAUCCCGCUGGUUUUCUGCGUAGAUAUAUCCCAGACAGUCAGAGUAAUCCGGUUCCAACUAGAGAAUUUAAGGUUCCGAAGUUCAAAAUCAUUUUUGAUUUUGAAGCAUCAAGAGUACUCAAGAAAUUGGGUAUAGUUUUUCCUUUUGAUGAAUACAAAGCAGAAUUGACGGAGAUGAUUAAUGGUACUAUACCUCUUUGUGUUUCGAAAAUUUUCCAGAAGUGUUUUGUUGAAGUUGAUGAAAAAGGAACUAAAGCUGCUGCUUCUACUGCUAUGUUUGGGGUGGACACUAGUGCUUGUCCAUCAGCUCUUCCUGUCGGUUUUGUGGCAGAUCAUCCUUUCAUGUUCAUUAUAAGAGAGGAGCAAAGUGAUGCAGUACUGUUGAGGGGACAUGUCCUUAAUCCUUUGCUUAAUUAA